AUGGCUGACCUUCCUGAAGAUCGUAUUAUACCAGGUCAUGGACUCAAUGGAAACGGACUCAUUUAUCAACCCUCUUCGGGGAUUCACAAGACAAGCUCCGUUAGAUCCGACAAUGGAACAAACUUGGGUGCAGAGAAAGUUCUUCACCAGGAGCUCCAUCUUCUUGGUCAAACUGCCAUCUAUGACACCAAAUCAACUAAAGGCAUCUCAUGGUGUUUCAAUCCACCACAUGCUUCGCAUUUCGGUGGAGUCUGGGAGCGUCAGAUUCGCUCUAACAGACUGUUCUGCGAAGUUGAAGCCAUCAUUAACAGCAGACCCUUGACCAGAGUUAUGGACGACCCUGACUGCCUGCAACUGUUGACUCAGAGCAUGCUGCUGAACUUGAAUGAUUCACCUGGUCCAGUCAUGAAUACUGAUGAGAGGGAUCUGUAUGCCCGUCGGCGUUGGAAGCAGGUGCAGUACUUGGCUGACCUCUUUUGGAAGAGAUGGUCUAAAGAGUAUCUACUUCUCCAAGAGCGCCAAAAGUGGAACAUUAAAUGGCGUGACGUCAAGAAAGGAGACAUAGUUUUAGCCUUGGACAAGAGACUGCCCAGAGGUACAUGGCCUAUUGCUCGAGUGAUGGAGGUAAUGUGUGAUAGUGAUGGACAUGUGCGUAGUGCUAAACUGAAAACUGUCAAUGGAGAAUAUAUCCGGCCUAUUAUCAAUAUUCGCCUUCUCUUAGAAAAUGAGAUCAGUGAUGAAAACUAG